AAGAUUCAAUCAAGUGUAACAGGCUAGUUCUGAAUUUAAAAAAAUCAAUACUGUGGUGACUCAAAAUAGAAGGAGGGAGUUGUUAUAAACUUUGUAAACGACAAACAUGAAGUUACUCCUUGUUGCUUUUAUUGCAAGUGCUGUGCUUUAUACAGGAUAUGCUCUGAAAUGCCACACUGGCAUAAGUACAAAUCCAAAUCAAAUCGUGCAACAGGAAUGUGUUGGUGUCAGCACGUGUUUGCACGUCAAAUUUUCAGUGUUUAUUGCAGCUGCUGGAAAUCUAAGUAUCAGUGUAGAACAAGGGAAUUGCUGGCAAAAGAGUGUUCCAAAAGAGACGUUUUGUGAUGGUGUGACGAAAGAUCCUAACGUGGCGAAACUUAUAUCAUCAUGCAACGCAACUGUGUGUGACACUGAUGAAUGCAAUGUAAUCAGCGGACAAUGUCCAUCUGCUGCUGUUGUUGCUGGACCAAAUCUUCUCGUGCUGUUUGUCACUUUCGUCAUCUUGAUGACAAGUUUGAAAGUCUUCUAAUUACCUGUAACAUAUGAGUAUGCGUCCAUAGGAUGUAAAUCUGGAAAACUUUACCAAGAUUCUUUAUAAUCUCAUUAAACCUGUUUGUAGCUACUUCUGUUAUUCGCUUUAAUAAUAACAAUAAUAAUAAUAAAAGUAAUCCUGCCUUGUUUUCAUUGAACGCCCAUAUCACUGAGUUUAUAUUACCCGAUUGAGAAAGAAAAUGAUUCAUUAGUACAGGAAUGUCACUUAUACAAACAUAAUAAUUAUCUUAGAAUUUUUAAUUGCUACAUUGUGACAAACUCAUUAAAAGUGAAAUAAACAACUGGUAGCCAUCUUUUUA